ACAAGUGUCGAACCUUCUACUCAAAAUAUUGAACCCAAUGACUCUUAUUCAAAUUAUGAAAAAAAAAUUGAAUCAGUUAACGUACAAGCAUCAUCAUCAAAAACUGCAAGUCACUCAAGUUGUAACUUAACAGCAUCAAGAGUCUUAGAUCAAGGAAGAUUUGCAACGCCAUUAAUGUCAACUUACGAAAUCAUAGCAGAUUCCGAAUAUUCUACCAUCUCGGCUACGGAAUCACCUGUUAAUAAUCGAAAUGAAAGUAGCCACCAACUGCAAAGUACGUCGACGGUUUCAGGUUUGCUUCAAAUGUUUGAUAGUGAUAAUAGUGAUGAUGACACUAGCUACUAUGAAGAGAAUUAUGAAAAACCGACAAAGGGCAAGAAAAGACAAAAAAAUAAUGAUAACGAAGACGAAGACAACAAUGAGACUGCCCAAUCUCUUAGAAAAAAGAAUGGAAAGCCCGAAGCUCUGAAAGACAUGACAAACAUUUUCGAAGUUUGUCAGUGGUUAGUUCUAGAAAGGCCAGAUAUAUUAACAACAGCAAACCAAAUGCGUGCUAUGCAAACGUCUUUAGAUUCGCCUGCUGUUACGGUUCCUCAGCCUGAAGUAACCAUAGCACCAAGGAACCUUACUGAUGAUAAAAGUCUUGCUCGGCUAUGGCAUGAAGAAAUGAAGUGUCUUUUUCUUAGAUGUAGAAACCCACCAGAUGGAGCUAUUGAAAGCUUUAUUACCGAAAUAUUUAACUAUGAACUUUAUAGUAAUGAAGCU